GCUGACAUCGAACGACAGCCGAUUAGUAAACUGUUCUUUGUUUAGUAUAUAUACGGAAAAUUUAAAUCUGAAUAGCACAGUUCUCCGUCGUCUGUUCUACUGAUCUAGUUACAUCUCGCAAGCGAUUCUUCAAUCAGUGGAAAUGGCAUUCAAAUUCGUUGCUCUGUUUGCUGUGUUGGCUGUCGCUACUGCCCAGCAUUACGAUUCACAAUAUUAUCAACAGCAACCUCAGUACCAUGCUCAACCAGCUCUGGUGAAAACCGUCCAACCUGCUCUGGUGAAAACUCUGCAGCCAGCUUUGGUCAAAACUGUCAAGCACGUCGAAUACCCCGAUACUCCUGCUGAAUACCAGUUCCAGUACUCCGUUCAUGAUGACCAGACCGGGGAUGUCAAGAGCCAACAGGAGGAACGUCAGGGAGAUAAUGUCAAGGGAGUUUACACCCUGAUCGAUGCUGAUGGCUUCCGUCGUGUUGUUGAAUACACUGCUGACGAACACAACGGAUUCAACGCUGUUGUCCGCCGUGAGCCUCUUGAGGGACACAAGGUCCUGAAGACCGUUGCUCCAGUUGCCAAGUAUGUUGCCCCAGUUGCCAAGGUUGUUGCUCCAGUUGCGCCAGUUGCCUACGCACCCGCUCCAUUCCAACAUUAUCAACCAGCUCCUGUCCAGAAAUUGCACUACCAGCCAGCCCCUGUUCAGCACUAUCAGCAAGCUCCUGUUCAGCACUACCAGCAGGCCCCAGUCCAGCACUACCAGCAGGCCCCAGUCCAGCACUACCAGCAGGCCCCAGUUCAACACUAUCAGUCAGCUCCAGUGCAGCACUAUCAGCCAGCUCCGGUCAAGGUCUACACUGCCCCGGUUGCCAAGGUUGCCGUUCCAGCUGUCGCUAAAGUUGCCGUCCCAGUUGCCAAAGUAGCCUACGCCCCACACCAAGAAGUCACCAACCACGUACAGUUCAGCGGAUUGUCUUCCAACUACCGCUACUAAAUCGCUUGCUGUCCGGAUCAACGACUUGAGGAUGAUUUUAACGCCAUAACUCCUGAUCUUUGAUCAACAAAGAUGCCCAAGUAACCAUUAGCACUAUAUUACGCCAAACCGCCAUAUAAGGCCACUUUACGGCUAUUUAAAAACUUACAAGCAUUAAAGUAGCACUAUAAAGCCGAUUUGGCGAAAUAUAGUGCUUAUUGGUUACUUGGGUGGGGGUGUUAACUAGUUGUAAGUGUAUAUAGUCAUUAUUGUUAUUAUCGAUUGAAGCGAAUACAGAUGAUGAAAACUAAAAAAGUUCAUUUUUAGUUAGCAUAGGUAUUAUGUUCGAUGUAGACAUUUUGAAAACUUACCAACGAAAUUUACUCCCUACACCCAACCACCCCAGCGGCUGGUAGAUUUUGAUACAGUUCUGCAUAAGGACCUUACAGAAACUGUAUAAAAUUUUGACAAGUCCAAUUCUACAGUUUUGUAUUAUUUUAACAGUACAGUAUCUGUAUAAAAAGUUUACCUGUUUUGUAUUUUAACCUUGCAAAAUUAAAUACUAGGUUUUAUACAAUAA